UUCCAGCAGGACUGAUGCAGCACAUCAGCAGUGUUCGCCUCCACCUCCAACUCCAACAGCCCUUCACCUUCAGAAGUUACAAAUCGCCUGCAAAACUCACUGAAUGCAACUUUGGAUAAAGGAACUGCUUGUUUGCUAGUGACACAAAACGUGUGUUGAAGUGCACUGGUUUGUGGAGUACAUAGAAACACUCCAGCAUCAGGAUGAGAGCGAUUAACUUGGACACGUACAGCCUGUCUCUGCUGACCGCUAAAGAAGACGUUCUCAACCCGAGAGCAUCCACCAACUGGGCUUUAUUUGCAUAUGAGGGAGUGACCAACAAUCUCAAACUCACAGAUUCAGGAGCUGGAGGUUUGACAGAAUUGGUUGGGAAAUUUCACAGCAGCAGGCCCAUGUAUGGCAUCUGCAGGGUGGGACUUACAGAAACAGGACAACCACAGAUUGUCAUGGUUUGCUGGGUUGGUAAUGAUGUAGAUGAGCAUCGCAGAGCUGAAUGUGCCAGCCAUGUUCCUGCCAUCAAGACAUUCUUCAAGGAAGCUCAAGUAUUUAUUCCAGCCUCACAGCAAGAUGAGUUGACGGAGGAGCUGAUUAUGGCUGCCUUUGCAAAGAUACGACCACCAAUGGAGAGGCUGAGGAGACCCUCAAGGACGAUGGAUAAGGAGGAGACUGUGGGUACAAACUACAAGAAGACAAAUGCUGCCAUGGAGAUGAGACGGAUUAACAGAGACUCCUUCUGGGCACGAGCAGAGCGUGAGGAGGAGGAGAGAAAAGAGGAAGAACGCCGGAGGGCUAUAGAAGAGCGGCGGCGCUUGGAGAGAGAACGAGUUUUACAGGAAAUAAAAGAGGCUGAAGAGAGAGACAGAAAGAUGAACGAAAAGCUACAGAUGAUUGAAGAACAAAAGAGGACCCAGGCUCAGCUUGAGGAAGAGGCUAGAAAAGAGGAGAAAGGGAGAUGGGAGCUGCAGCAGAGAGAGCAUGAGGAGAACAUGAGGGCCAGGCUCAGACGCAGUGAAUCUAUUGAGAAAGCAGCAGAGGCAGCAGCUCUUGUUUCCCAGCGCACCAUCAAUCCUAGGGAGUUUUUCAGACAGUUAUCAGCAUCCUCACAAAAUUCUUCAAGCCCUGGAUCACCGCGCUCAGGCAAAUCUCCAUUCCGUCGCUACCAACGUAGUUUGACAGAUACAGCCUUUAUCUUUGAAAGGGCCAAUUCCACUUCUGGUCCCACAUCCCCUCUCAGUCCAUCUGCAAGGUCUCCAUUCUCACGCUCCCAAUCCACGUCCUCCAAAUGUCCAACGUCCCCACUUAGUCCACCAUACCGGACAAUCCCCUCAGCACAGCACCCUCAAACAUCUCCUCCCACAUCACCCCCUUCAUGCUCUGUCCCAUCUGAGUCACCUCCACCCAGUCUGCCUGUCUCCAGACCCCCUCCCCCCCAAUCAUCACCACCUAACCUGCCGCCUCCUCAAGCCCCAGUUCAUGAUUCAGCUUCCCCUGCAUCUCCAAAGCUGCUGGACAGUCAUGAUAAAUCUGAGUCUAGCAACUAUGACAGCAGUGAAGAGCUCGCUGUCGCAACAGAAUGUCCUCCAGCUUCACUCUCUGACAGCACAUGGCACAGUAUGGAGGUUGUAACCAGCUCUCGAGUCCUUUGUGAACCAAAGCCAGAAGUGGACAUCACUGCCAAGUGUGUGCUUGUCGAAGAAGAAGAAGAAGAAGAGGUAGAGGAACCAGAGGAACCUUCAGCCAUGUCAGCUCCACUUUUAGAUACAAAGAUCACUACAAACUAUGAAGAAGCAGUAGAAGAACAAUUGGAGACUGAGGAUGUGAAGACUGUCAUUAGCCCCCUGAUGGAGGUUGAGGAGCAAGAGGAACCAGAGUCAGAGUCUGAGGAUGAACCAGAAGAGCAGCCUGCUGCAGAAUCUGAGGAAUUCCAGCCAAAUGUGGAUCAUGUAGCACCUGAUGAGCCCAGAAAUGUGAUUGUGAUCUCAGAUGAUGAAGUUGAUGAAGACCUACCAGAGAACCAAGAGUUGUGUGUGAACACAUCAGAAUAUGAUGGGAUGACUGAAGAAGAUGAAUCUGAAUGUGGCAGACCAAUGAAUGGUACAGUAGAGGAUGUUGAUAUAUCUGAGCACAGCACUCCUGAGCGCUACUGUUACACCGUUAAUCGUGAGGAGAAAGAUGAUGAAAUCCAAAUGGAGAAGGUGACCGAGAAUGGCGAAUCAUCACCAGAAAGACUGCUGCGUGUGAGAGCAUUAUAUGACUACCAAGCAGAGGAUGACACUGAGCUCUCUUUUGAACCUGGUGACAUCAUCAGUGAUGUGGAAACAAUCGACAAAGCAUGGUGGAGGGGUUCCAGCAAAGAUGGGCGCCAGGGUCUCUUUCCUGCCAACUAUGUAGAGACCAUAUAAAGACUUUUCCUUUAAAGAUGGUUCCUCUUCCCCCUUUUUGUUUGACCAAUUCUCAGGGACUAAGAACCACCAAACCUGGUCUAUGAGGAUGUACAAUGUACUCUGAGACUAAGAGUCACAGGAAAAGGGUUGUAAGUGAAGCGUUCACAGGCACAACUUCCUUUUGAUCCAAAACAAGCAGCCAAAGUCAACAAUUGAGACUUUAGCGAUUAUCAACCGGAAGACUGAGGAGGAUCUCAGUAACCGAAAUACAUAAGUACAAUUUCUGUUACAACUGUACACAAAUUAUGAUCAUUGUAUUUACCCAUUACAUCAUUUAUUAUUUACAUACCGUUGUUACUGUUAUCAUUACCAAAUGAUACCAAAGGUGGUGGAGGUGUCUACUGGAGAACAGAUUUCCGUUUAAGUUGAAGCCUUUUUACACAUAAAUCCAACUUACACAGUCACGUCAAUUGGUCCUGAGUAUAGAAACUUUUUUCAGAACUUUGUGUUAUAGUACCGAUAAAAUAGAAAUAGUUGUAACAUGCCAGUUUUUUUUUUUUUAAGUGGAGACUUGUUUACAGCAUUCUGAAUGGCACCUGUCAUACCUGCAUACAGUAGGUGUGCAGAUGCUACAAAAGUUGUCAUUGCCAAGACCAAAUGAUUUGAUCAUAGCAGACCCCUAAGAGACUGGGAUUCAUCAACAGAAAAUAGCCUAGCAGAGGGACUAAAACAUACAGUGCCUUAUGAAAGUAUUCAUACCCCUUUUUUGUUAUGAUGCCUUAUGUUAAACUGCUUUAAAUUACAUUUUUCGACAUCAAUCUGCACUCCAUACACCAUAAUUCUAAAGCAAAAAUAGGUUUUUAACAUCUU